ACCCAUCACUAGUUUGCAUCGUUCGCUCACGGGAGUUGGGUGCGUCGCGUACGCGGUCUGCCAUUUUUUCGCGAAAAAUACGUGUUUUCCGGCAUUUUCCAAACGGACGCGAGUGUACGGUCGAUCGGUGACACCAGUGGAAACGCUUUUCCGACCGUUCGGGCACACCGAUACCCCUAGCCGGACCAUGUGAAAAGCCGUGAAAGUCGUUUCUGGGCGAGUGGAAAAGUGCGUGCGUCACACAACAUCGACACCAGCACCACCACCACACCACUACCGCCUGGUCGGGCUUUGUUUCGGUGGAUGUGUGCGUGCGUGCCGCGUGCGUGUGUGUGUGUUUAUCUGUCACUCCUGCUGCGCGGCAUCGGAGCACCGGAGCGCGCGUGUGUGUUUGUGGGUGCGGAUGUGUGUGCGUGAUGAGAUUUAAAGAUGGCGGCAUCGAAUAACAGGCGGAGAGAAAGCACUUUAUCAAAAUUAUCAUGCACGCGGUGUUGCGGCGAUCUGUUCGGGUACCUGCUCCGGCUCCGUGUCAGCCCGGAAGAGCUCGAGCAGCGCUAUAAAUCGCGCGAAAUCGACAAAUUUCUCGAGAAAGAUAAACAUGCGUUCCGGCGACAGGUUAAGUUACUGUUGCUGGGCGCAGGCGAAUCCGGUAAAUCGACGUUUCUCAAGCAGAUGCGAAUCAUCCACGGGAUCAACUUCGAGCCCGAACUAAUUAGAGAAUACCAACAUGUGAUCUACCAAAACAUAGUCAAAGGCAUGCAAGUGUUGUGUGACGCUAGAGAUAAGCUAGAUAUACCCUGGGAGCACCCGACAUCGCAGCUGGCCGCGAACGAAGCGGUCAUGUUUCACAGCGGCUGCCUGCUGGACGCCGAACAGUUCCACCAGUACGUUCCGAUCAUCAACAUCCUGUGGACGGAUGGCGCCAUCCGGAAGGCGUACGAUCGGCGAAGGGAGUUCCAAAUUAGUGAUUCUGUUAGUUAUUUCCUAGAUGAAUUAGACCGAAUAUCGAGGUUAGAUUACAUACCCACCCAUCGUGAUAUUUUGCACUGUCGCAAAGCAACUAAAGGUGUAUUUGAGUUUACGAUAAGGAUACAGAACAUUCCAUUCGUGUUCGUUGACGUCGGAGGACAGCGGACACAGCGCCAAAAAUGGACCAAAUGCUUCGACUGCUCCGUCACGUCGAUCCUGUUUCUCGUAUCGACCUCCGAGUUCGAUCAGGUGUUGGCCGAGGAUAGGAAAACGAAUCGCUUGGAAGAGUCGCGCAACAUCUUCGACACGAUCGUGAACAAUACCACCUUCCAGGGUAUUUCGAUCAUACUGUUCCUCAACAAGACGGACCUGCUGCAGCAGAAGGUGAAAAAUCCGGACACGGACAUCCGCUGGUACUAUCCCCAGUUCACCGGCAACCCGCACUCGAUCCUGGACGUGCAGAACUUUAUCCUGCAGAUGUUUAUGAACGUGCGGAAAAACACCAAAACGCCCAUCUACCAUCACUUCACGAACGCGGUCGACACGCAAAACAUUCAGGUCGUGUUUAGCUCGGUAAAGGACACGAUCCUGCACCGCAACCUGUCCGCACUGAUGCUGCAGUAGCGAGGGUUGUCCCGUUUUUUUUUCACCCUCUUUUCCCACCUUCUUCCGUUCUUCUUCGCUUCGUUUCAUCGCCGUUUUUUUGUUUGUUUGCCAUAAAGAACAAAGGGGGAGGGAAAGUGGCUCUUGUAAUUGUUAUGCUUAAUGGGGGGCGAAUUGUAGAUAGAGGUUGAAUAUGGGGGGAGGGGGGGGGGGGGUGUGGUUGCGAAGCUUUGUCGGUAUCUCCUAGUGUCGAGAGAUAUGGUCAUCCAUCUCGUCGUACGGUGGUGUGGCACUGCGUGGUGAAAGAAUGGUUUGAAUGAAUGAAUAACUUAAUAUUAAAACCAACUUUUGAAUUUAAAAGCUGAAUUAAUAGACAUCUCUCGAAGGACAAGAAGCUCAUUGCGUACAGAUUUUACCUCUGUUUCGCGUGUGAAACGUAACACACCCCAAAAUCGCUCUCUGUUUCCCAACCACCUUAGUGAAUCUCCUCAUUCUUUCACCCGACAUUCAUCGCGACGGGAUUGGAAAACGGGCAAACGAGCAGCCCGAACGGAACAAAAAUUACAUGAACAAAAGGAUGCACAAUUUACACCAAAAAACCAAAAACUAAUUUUAAUCUUAAAAGAAACAAAAACACACACACACACACACACACAUGUUCAUAAUACCUAUGCAUCUUGAUAUGGAGCGGCUAGGACCAGCAAUAAUAAGGGAAGAAGCGGACAAUAUGAAUCUAAUCGAAACAAACGGAUUACAUGUCGAGAGCGUGAGGAGAGAAGGGAAGCCUAAUCGCACACACGACACGGUGGGGGGUCUGUGUCCGGGGUCUAGCGUAUCCGCGAAAGGGGGGGGGGGGGAAGAAUCGUGUUCGAAGGAAAACUCCUGGUGCGGGAAUUCGAGAAGCAGUGUGAAAUAGUACAAUAUGCGCCCACCUAAUUCAUCGCCCUUUUAUAUCAACUGAACCUGUUUUUCUUUGUAUUGCAGGGUUUCUCAGGUCAGCAUGGUAACAAUAUAUAUAUAUGGUUGGGAUUUUACGGAGUUAAAAAUCUGUUUUUCCAUGUUGAGAGGGGUUAACGAGGUUGAAUUACAUAUACUAUGACCGACCGACGCCUCUUAGGCUGUUGACAUGUAGUGUUACCAUGUUGAACUGGCCCAAGAAACCCUGUACCUGCUGCUCUUAUAUUAGUCAUACAUUAUUGCCAUAUCUCUCUCGCUCCCGUUUGCAGAAGACGCGUGUGAGAGAAACGUUUGCCGGUUUUUGUUUUAAGCGUUCUUAGAACAAUUUGUUCACUAUUUUGUUACUGUAAUUUGGUAUUCUUGUGUUCGUUCAUCGUAUUAGUUGGUGAACUGGUGCCAUAAGAGCGAGUGAGUGUGUGUUUCAUCAUCAUCAUUAUCGGCACGGACAUUGAUUUCAUUUUCUCGAAUACCAGUCCAGGGGGGGCUUGGGAACAACGGUUGGGUCACGAUAAUAUUCCCUUCAGGAUAUUCGCUGGACAUUAUGGCUCCCUCUCUCUCGCUCACCGGGCGAUACAUUUUUGAAGAAAGACAAAUCAUUAGAGUGUAGCUAGCUAUAAUGCGCGUUAAGGGGCGAUAUGCCGCUUGUAAAUAGUAAACCCCUCUCCUCCUGCUCCAUUUUCCCUUCUCGUCUCCUUCCCCCACUUAUAUACAUUAUGCUGGUUCAUCAGAACAGGCUUCGCAAGGGGAGCCAUGUCAAACCGGCCAAUAUUCGAUGAGUAAAAGCAUUUAUCCGGCAUCGGUGCGGAUGCGAUGUGAAGCGCCAUGCGAAGAAAAAACGCCGGAAGAAGAAAUGGUGCGGAAUAUUAGUCGCGAUCGCACGUGGCGGAAGAUUUAGGAAGCUUCUGAGGUAAGUGAAGCACUCACUCAGCUAGCGCAGCUAUAGCCUUUCCUUCUCUCAGAAUCACACAUACACACAAUCUCUUACGAUAUAAUAUAAUCGAAACAUCCGUCAAUACCUAGAAACAAACCUACCGAACAGCAUUAUAAACAGCAUUCCUUCUUCAGCAGCAGAACGCGCUCUAGCAAAUACCAAAAUGGCCGAACCAAUUGAUUGAGCAAUUUGGGUGGAUGUAGGCGAUUAGAAUAGGCCAUCAAGCCAAUGUAGAAGCGAAGUUAGGAAAACACAUAUAAAGAAGCACAAUAUAAAAAACGGCAGCAACAACAAGAAAACAACGCAAAAGACUUACAAGAACAAAGUUCUACAACGGGGUAAACGCAAUACACCGUCACGAAAGAGGGGGGGGGGGGGGGGGGGGGGGUUGUUUUAACCUGCCCAACCCAGGAGAAAUGCCCUUUUUGGCUAAUUUCUCGGAGCAGCGUUUCGGAUCAUUUACACAAUAUUAGAGCGAAUUAGGACGAACGAAACACAAUUUUAGCGGGGUUCGCAAUUUUUGGAGCAUUUUCGGUGUGCGUUUUUUAUAACACUCUCGCUGGUUUUGAUACAAAAAUUCGCUUUUGCGAACGAUGUGUUUGUGUGGGUGUGGGAGAACAAACAAAAAGUCGUCUUUAGGUGGAACGUAUUCGGAAGUUCAGCUGCUCCCCAAAACUGCCCUGCAAUCGGUCCCUUGUGUGUGUAGUAUUUAUGUGUGGUGUAUUUGUUUUCGUUCUUGUUUCGUAAAUCUUACAAUUAUUGCUGUAGAUGCAUUAUGAUUUAUCCACAGGUCCCCCCCCCCCCCCCCCCCCCAUUCUCUUCUUCCUCUCCCUUUCCUUUUUGUGGCAACAUACAUGUAUGAAUAUUUGUACGUAUAUUUGUAUGUAUUAGUGUGUAAGAGCAAUGCUAUACGCGAAGGUUAAAAGGAAGAAACGCACACACACAUACGCGCGCACGAAAAAAAACCGGCAGGAUAUAAGUUGUUGUUCGAUGUUACUUUAUGGAGAUUUUAUUUGUAUAUUGGAAUUGGAAUUGGUAGCCGCCGCCCGGGUCGCUCCAAACGCGCCAGAAAGGAAGCCUGAACAAACAAACAAAAAAGAUCGUUUUUUGUUUUGUAUUUUUGUUAUUCAUUUUGUUCGCCUUUUCGUAAGGAUCCCGUAAUGCUUAAGACAGCGGCGGCUCUCUUGUACAAGUGCGAGCGUACUAGGAAGUUUCCUGAUAACGUAAAAAAAGGAUGUAAUGUGCGCGUGUGUGUGUGGAAUGUUAAUUGGAACACGCGGGUGUGUGGUAAUAAGAAUUGGUGAGAACAACAAAAAACCAUCCCACAAACCCACCCACACACGUACAUAAGUUAUACGGUCAUAUUAUACAACAUUUGUUCGUUCGAUGGUAAAACGAAAUGAAAUUAAAUAAUAAAAGAAAAAGCAUCAA